AAGUUCGCUUCAAACCGGAAAUAGUCCGCAGCACCGUGGAUGUUGAUUAGCUGCUCGGCUAAGUGCUUGUACUGAAUAACAGCGGCAAACCAAGCACGAAUAAAGGUUUUAGCGAUCAUGUUAAAUAUUAUGCGGUAGUUUUUUUUAACCCUAGAAUAGCAACGUCUCAAUACACAGAAACAAAGUACUGGCUAAUCGCUAAUCACGAAUACAAUAUUACCGUAGGUUAGUUUACCUCACAGGCUAGCUAGGUAAACCGUUUUGGGUUUUCGACCGUAAUUCAUUGUAAAAGAGUGUCAGCUGAAACAUUGUCUUUACAUUUGCGCGAUAGCUGUUCCGUUACAGUCUUAGCGACACCUGUUUUGAAUUUUGGCAAAUGUACGAUACAUGCAGCUGGCUGAGUGUUUUGUUCUGGUGAUCAGCAUCGCUGUUAAUAUAUUCGUACUGCUAGGACCAUCAUUGACAUCUAGGUUUUAGUAACAUCGCAGUUGUUCGGGCCACAAGCGGCCGUAUAUAGCCGAAUAAUCGACUUCGAGCCGUGGGCUAGAAAACUUGGCAAAAUGGACGAAUUCGUGUCGAUCAGCCUGCUCUCCUUGGCGAUGCUGGUGGGAUGUUAUAUCGCCGGGACCAUCCCCUUAGCAGUGAACUUUUCUGAGGAGCGGCUGAAGCUGGUUACAGUGUUGGGGGCAGGGUUGCUAUGCGGCACUGCACUUGCAGUUAUUAUUCCAGAGGGGGUUCAUGCACUGUAUGAAGAGGUGCUGGAAGCUGGUCACCACACACAUGGGCAAGUUGAAGAGGCCGGGGUCUCGGAGCAGAAAGUCGCAGUGGAUGGAUCUGCAGGCACUGGCGGCAACCAGCUACACAGUCAUGAGCAGCUCCACGCCUACAUCGGGGUGUCGCUCGUCUUGGGCUUUGUUUUCAUGCUCCUCGUCGACCAGCUUGGUAGUUCCCAUGUGCACAGCACUGAUGAUCCAGAAUCUGGACGGGCUGGUAGCUCAAAAAUUACUACAACCUUGGGACUGGUUGUUCAUGCUGCAGCCGAUGGAGUGGCUCUGGGGGCCGCAGCUUCCACGUCUCAGACCAGCGUCCAACUUAUUGUUUUUGUGGCCAUUAUGCUGCAUAAGGCCCCAGCUGCAUUUGGAUUAGUGUCCUUCUUGAUGCACGCUGGGCUGGAGAGGAAUCGGAUUCGCAAACACUUGCUGGUAUUUGCUUUGGCUGCCCCUGUCCUCUCCAUGCUGACGUUUCUCUGCCUCAGCCAGAGCAGUAAGGAGGCGCUGUCGGAGGUUAACGCCACAGGAGUCGCCAUGCUUUUCUCUGCCGGGACCUUUCUGUAUGUGGCUACCGUACACGUACUGCCCGAGGUGGGCGGGGGUGGCCACAGCCACAGCCCUGGCGGAGCAAGCGGGAGCAGCGGACUAAGCAAGCUGGAGGUCAUGGCCCUGGUGCUGGGCUGCCUCAUUCCUCUGGUGCUCUCUAUCGGACACCAGCACUAGAGGACAAAGCGAGGCCGAAGAGGGAGUGCACGGAGAUUUAGGACAGUGGCAGAAAACAACUACAAAAAUAGAAACUUUUAGUUCCCAGCAAGGAGACAUUAUUUGUCAAGGGCAACGGGCACCUUGACUCAGAAUGAGUGGGAAGAGGGCACUGUAAUAUGGUAUAGUGGACAGGGUUUGUUAGGAGAGUAUCGUGUAAUUGGUACAUCUCUCGUUGAAGCUGUACAGAGUGAACGCAUUCUGCUCAUGAAGACAGAGCCUGACGGCCUCCUUUUUUAUCGUGAAUUUAAAAUAUUUUUAGGGUAAGUGCAUUAAGCGGGAAUUGGGUUGCAGUAAUGUUGGCAUACCGACCAAGUUUGUCACCAAGGGUAAUCAGUAAACUUUCAGAUGUCAUUGUCAUUAGAGUUGUUGCUGAAACAGAAAUUUAAUGGUAAACAUCAGAAAAAGGUGCUAACAUACUAGUAAGAAGAAUAAAAAAAAUAACUUUUCUUGCUGUUCUGGUCAGUUGUAAUCUGUGGUUGAAGCUUCAGUCUAACUGUUAGGGUACCCAAGUUGUGUAUAUAUAUUAUUUGAUGUUACCCAAACCAACUUGAAUAGCAACAUAUUCCUCAUAUAGUUUGAAAAGUACUAAAGCCAUUUUGGUAAAAAAAAAAAGCUGCUUUCUGUUUUGGGUCUUUUCCCAAAUGCAGCUGCUUCAGCAGUAUAUCUGCUGCUUCUGCACAUGAACAUGUGAACUGAAGCUCGCAUUCGCAAACAGAGAAUACGGAAUACUCCAGAUGAAUUGUUCUGUUAGUAAAUGGCUAUUUAUUCACAUGCUCAGCUGGUUUCAUAAAUGCUCUCCUGAGUUUUGUCUUAAACUUUUGCCAAGGGAAUUGCGGAGAAACGUUUGUUUUUCUACCAUUUGAGGAAUCCCAUCUCUUGCUUCUCCGCUUCCACAUCUGUGUUGUCCAGUUGCAGCAGAAUCGUCAAAUCGCACUUGAACACUUUUCCCCCCCUUGUUUUCUAAAAUGCCAGUUUUUCAAUAGUUACUCCAGUGCAGAUUGCAUUUAAAAACCGUUUUUAAAAUGGUUAGUUUAUUUUAGUGAGUUUAAUAACAUUAUGAAUAAAUGUUUUGGGUUUUUUUUUUUUAAACAUUUAUUUGUACUGAGCAAGAGGGAAUUAAGUUUAGUCUUCUUGAACAUUUCUUUGCCUUCAAGGGUCCAGAGCAUAUGCUAUAAGGUGUGAAAGUUCAGGUCUGCAGGUGGUCCAUUCAUGUCUGUAGACCACUGGGGUGUGGGGUCCUUUUUAAUACAUUUAAUUAUGUACUGAUGUUCUAGGAGAGGAGGAGCCUUGUCCGUAUGAUUAAUAGACCUAAGUUGCCAUGCAUUUCUAAAGGUGUUGAGAUCCCAGCCUUUUUGAAUACCAGCAAUAAUUAUGAAACAAUGUAGUCCCUGACUUCACCAAUGAGUCAGAGAAUAGAAACUUCUCUGUUUUUCCCAGUUGAGGUUGUGGUUGUCCGUCAAAACUGAAGUCCUUGAAGCAGACUUAUUUUAAAAUGUAUAGUAUAAUUUCCAAAAUCAAAUGUAUUUGCUUUAAGGUCUUUGUUCUGGAGUUCUUGGACGAUGGUUCGGUAUUUGUUAUUUUUAAAUAUGACAUUCAAAGGAGUCUAGGUGGGUCAAACACUGGAUGAAUAAGGUGGUUUAAUUCUAAACAAAAAGGGAAAGGAUCCAUGUAAUUAACACUUAAUUAAAAACAAAGAGAAACCUGCAUUAUGCUCCAUUCAUUUGUAACCUGAAAUAGAUGUAACCUCCCUUUGCCUUAUAGACCGCAGUCUUCUAAUUUCAUUAUGAUUAUCCUGCACAUUCCUGGUUGAGCCUGUUAUCUGUGCCCCCCCCCCCCACUUCAGGAAUCAAGGCUGUGUAGUCUUGUUUGUUAUCUGAUGACCUCUCUCCCACUGGAGGGGGGUAUUGGGUAGUAUUUACGCAGCGUAAUCCUUGGAAUCAAUCAUGGGAGGGCAAAGGGUAAUGUGAGUUGUGUGUGGGGGGGGGGGUGUGUACUGCAGUUAAAGUACUACUAAUAACCCAUUUUAAAAUUAGAUGCCAGUGUUAAUUACAGAGAACCCUCCUGUUCCCAACCCACUACUCCUCCUGGUAUCGCCGGGCCCCACCCUCUCUGUCCGUGGCCAAAGGGAUUUCUGUAUGGUUUAGGCAGAGGGUUUGGGUGUAGCGGAGGCUAGACUAGUGGUUACUGUUUUAUAUUUACAUUCCAUGGAGAGUCUGCCUUAUCUCAUUCUCUUGAUUGUGAAAAUUUACAAGACAUAGCAAAACUCAUGAUUUAGUGUUUUCCUUUUUUUCCUUUUAAAUAGGUGCAAUCUGAAGAAAGUGUUGUAAAUUAAGAAUUUCCUAUUAAAGAUUUGCUUCUUUUAAUUAAAAACUUCUGGAAGUUAAA